AAACACAUUCUGUAAUGUUUUAGCUGGAAACGUAUAAUUCGUAUUAAAAACGGGGAGCCACAGAUCAGCGAAUGCAGGAGAACUGAUGAAUAUAUCGUUGAAUUUGUCUAAUGUCGUCAGCACAGCGUCAAAAGCAGUUUGACAUGAACCGAAGCUGCCAAAUCAGUAACAAAACAGUAAACUCAAACUCGAACUCACCUGGACAGCGAAAACUUCAGACCUCGAUGGAACGCUUGCAGAUGCAGCAGCCAAAUUUAAACAGACGCGCCGCAGGAUCCAAUUGGCAAAUUGCCACUGGCAGCGAGAACCAGAAUCAAAGCCAGAGUCAGUCAGCAGCAACUGACGCCACAGAUGGAGCCAACGUUGAUGAAAAUGCGGCAUUGACCAAAUCGGCGCGUAAUCGUCUCAAGCGAAAGGCACAGCGCAAUCGUUACCUAGCCAUGGAUUGUGAGAUGGUGGGCGUGGGACCCAAUGGUCAGGAUGCCAUGCUCGCCCGCGUCUCCAUAGUGAACAAAGUGGGAGAAGUGAUGCUGGACAAGCACGUAAAGCCACGGCAACCGGUUACGGAUUAUCGCACCAGCGUUUCAGGCAUACGUCCACACGACAUCGAGAAUGGCGAGGACUUUAAGAUCGUGCAGGAGGAAGUGGUUAAACUGCUGCAGGGCAAGAUCCUUGUUGGUCACGCACUGCGCAAUGAUCUCGCUGUGCUGGGCAUUAAGCACCCAAUGGCUCACAUCCGUGACACAUCUCGCUACAAGCCGCUGUGCAAGGUUGUCUCAAAUGGACACACACCAAGUCUGAAGCGUCUAACCAUGGCGGUAUUGGGCCAGGAGAUCCAAACUGGCGAGCACAAUUCUGUGGAGGAUGCACGCGCCGCCAUGAGCAUAUAUAAUCGAAUUGCCGCCGACUGGGAGAAGUACAUUGAGAAGCGUCAGAAGCAGAAAUGACAACAAAAUACGAAUACACCUUAGCUUUAAGUUUAUCCAUUGAAUUUUAUAAGAAACAGUUGCAUAAAUGUAUAAAAUGUUAAACUUCAAAC